GAAAAUGGCCAGAAAGAAGAUUCUGCCAUCCAGAAUGACCUCAGUGAAUCAUUUGAAGAAGAAGUUAGAGCGUUCCUCAGUGAUGAGGAGAAGCUGCAUCUUAUUGAUGACCUCACAAAAGUUAAUCCGGUGACAACUACAACAGUUUUGAAAUGUCUUCAAGCAAGAUAUACAGUAAACUUGUUUUAUACAAAUGCUGGCUGCAGCCUGGUGGCUUUAAAUCCAUUUCAGCCUAUCUCCAACCUUUAUUCACCUGAGCUUAUGAGAGAGUACCAUGUUGCACAUCGCCCUCAGGAUUUAAAACCUCACAUCUUUGCAGUGGCUGAGCAAACCUACAGAAAUGUCCAAAGCCAGAUAGACCCUGUAAACCAGUCUAUAAUUGUGAGCGGAGAAAGUGGUGCUGGGAAGACCUGGACAUCUCGCUGCCUUAUGAAAUUCUAUGCUUCUGUUGCUGCUUCAGCUAUCUCCCCAAAAGGCAAUGAGACUGUGGAAAGGAUUGAGAAGAGAGUGCUGGAUUCAAACCCUGUCAUGGAAGCAUUUGGAAAUGCGUGUACCCUGCGGAAUAACAACAGUAGCCGUUUUGGGAAAUACAUCCAGCUUCAGUUAGACAGAUUCCACCACCUGAGUAGUGCUUCCAUUCAGACUUUCCUUUUGGAGAAGACCAGAGUUGCCUAUCAGGCCCCCAACGAAAGAAACUUUCAUAUUUUCUAUCAGAUCACAAAAGGUGCUACUGCAGAGGAGAGGGUCGAAUGGAACCUUCCAGAAGGGGCUGACUACCACUGGCUGCCAAAUUCUGAAAGAAACUUAGAUGAGGACUGCUUCGAGGUGACCAGAGAUGCAAUGUUUCACUUGGGCAUUGACCGCUCCACGCAGAACAAUAUUUUCAAGGUAUUGUCAGGCCUUCUCCAUCUGGGGAAUGUUCAGUUCUCUAAUCCAGUGGAUGAAUCUCAGCCUUGUGAACUAGAAGACAAAGCCAAAGACUUUGUGAAGACUGCUGGAGAUUUGCUGAAGAUACCUGUCGAGGAACUACUGGAAUCAUUAAGAAUUCGAAUAAUAACUGCUGGAAAACAACAACAAGUCUUCAAGAAGCCAUGCUCCAGAGCGGAAUGUGAGACGAGGAGGGACUGCCUUGCCAAAGUCAUCUACGCGAAAUUGUUUGAAUGGCUCGUUUUGGUCAUAAAUGAAAGCAUCUAUGCAGACCCAUCAGUGUGGACCAGCUUCAUAGGUUUGUUGGAUGUUUAUGGUUUUGAAGCCUUCCCUGAAAAUAACUUGGAGCAGCUUUGUAUUAACUACGCCAAUGAGAAACUGCAGCAGCACUUCGUAGCACACUAUCUGAAGGCACAACAGGAAGAAUAUGCAGCUGAAGGCCUGCAGUGGUCUUUCAUAAACUACCAGGAUAACCAGACCUGCCUUGAUCUGAUAGAGGGCAGUCCUCUCAGCAUAUUUUCUUUGCUGAAUGAGGAGUGCCGUCUGAAUAGAUCCUCUAACACUGACCUGUUUCAAACUCGAAUUGAGAACUCUUUGUCUAAUAAUCAAUGCUUAAGUCGAAACAAGUUCAGUAAGAAGCCUAACUUCAUUAUUUCACAUUAUGCUGGCAAAGUCUGCUAUCAACUGGCAGCAAUGGUGGAGAAAAAUAAGGACCCCAUUCCACCAGAGCUGAUCCACGUUUUGCAGAAUUCUAGGGAUCCUUUGCUUCAAAAAUUAUUUCCUGUGACAGAAAGGAACCAAAAUAACAUCAAAACCCAGAACAGAGCAGCUGUUGUUACAGUGGUGUCAAAGUUCAAGGGUUCACUUGAACAUCUCAUGCAGAUUUUGAAUAAAACCACACCGCAUUACAUCCGAUGCAUCAAGCCCAACGCUGACUGCAAGGCAAUGACUUUUAACAGAGAAGAGGUUCUCAGCCAGCUUCAGGCAUGUGGAAUAGUCGAAGCCAUCACCAUCAGUGCAGCAGGCUUCCCUGUUAGGAUCUCUUUCCAAAGUUUCACUGAGCGCUAUGAAAUACUGAGAAAAUCACGUGGCUCCAAUAAAAACACAGUGUGUGAGAAAAACAACUUUCAUACUGGUGAGAGAAAAGGCGAGACUGCCCCGGCGGAGGAUGACAAAGCAUCACGUUCUGUUGUUUUCGAGAUCCUUCAGAACAUCAUUACAGGCCAAACUACUGCUGAGCAAACUGGGAACAGAGCAGAAAACACUUCAGUAUUCUGCGGGAAAACCAAAGUAUUUAUGGCCAACUCUGUGCUGGAGCAACUUGAAGCCAGAAGAGCAAAGGUGUUAAAUGAGAAAGCAUUCUGCAUUCAGUGCUGCUGGAGGAGAUUUAAACAGAAGAAACUAGCAAAGGAGGGAUGGUCUGCAACUGUCAUCCAAGCAGCUUUUCGUUCCUGGUUAGCCAAGACACGUUUCCAAAGGAUGCGCAGGGCUGCUGAUGUUAUUAAGCACGGCUGGAGGAAAUGGAAAGCAAAAAUGGCCGCGUUGGCGGCAGCAGAACUGGAUGAGGGUGAAGAAAGGGCGUUCUCGGCUCCUGGAGCUACAGUGAUCUCCGCCAAACCGCCUCGCUCUUUGGAAACAACUUGGCCUCUGCACGCACUAACCCAGUUCUGGCCUCUUGGCCUUGUCCUGGCUGCUGCACCCGUUACUGUAAAGGGACCUCGGCGGGACCUGUCCCUGCUGGCGUGCUUCAGGAGAGUCCUUCAGGAGAGCGACAAAGCAGAAAACUGUUUCUUUGGCUGUGGCAUCACUUCCAUUAGAGCUCUCCCACAGGGCUCUGUCAAGUUUCACUGUAAGAAGUCUCCCCUGCAUUACGCAAACGUCAGCCCCCACACGGAUGCCUGUUCCAUCACUGGAUUUAACCAGAUUUUAUUGGACAGAAAGAAACUCCUUCCAACGUAG